CGCAAAGUUGAUAAUGUGGUAUUCAACAUGGCCGCGUAGUCAGUGUUGUGUGUGCUAGUUACAGUGGAUUGAAUGGAUUUAUUCGUGAAUUAUGCCGAGAAAACGAAAUGGUGAGAUCCCUUUGCCCGACGGUUGGGAUUUCGGACGGGAUUACGACGGGAAAAUUUACUUCAUCGAUCACAUUUCCAAGAAAACUACGUGGAUUGACCCCAGAGACAGAUAUACCAAACCACAAACGUUCGCAGACUGUAUAGGAAAUGAAUUACCUUUAGGAUGGGAGGAAGCAUUCGACGGCCAUAUUGGCCCUUAUUACAUAGACCAUGUAAACCAAGCAACACAAUUAGAAGACCCUAGGCAAGAAUGGAGGGCGAUUCAAGAAGCCAUGUUAAGGGAAUACCUCAUAACUGCUCAAGAUGUUUUAGAAGCCAAAAAAGAUAUAUAUCAAGUAAAAUCCCAAAGGCUUCUUCUAGCUCAAGAUGAAUACAAUCAUCUCAACAACGCUCUUACCAACCUCAACACGUCUAGGACAAGCUUAUGCUCUUCCACCAGUAGCGUUAGUACAAAAUACGAUCCUGACCUUCUCAAAUCAGACGUGGCUUUGGCGAAAAAUCGAGUGUCCAGGUUGAAAUCCGAAUUAGAACAAAUCAGAAACGAGAUGAAUUACACACAAAGGGGCGUAGAAACGUUAACUAACGUUGAACAAAAACUCAGCAUGCACCAAGGUACUUGUUACAACAUAUCCGAAGCGCAAGCCAUCAUGGCCGAGCUGCGUAACAUCCAAAAAUCCCUGUCGUCCGGCGAAAAAGAAAAGGCCGAUCUAAUGCAGUCCCUAGCUAAGCUCAAAGAUGACCUAACUAGGUUACAGCUCUCUGAAAGUUCUCCGGACAUCUCUACACUCAGUUUACCUCAAGAGAAACUUAGCACAGCCUCUCAAACAGAUUUGUCUUGCGAACUUGUUCCAAUAGGAACGAGAUUAGCUGAGAUGGCAAAAAUGCGAUUAGAAUAUGACGAAGCUAGGAAGAGGGUGCAGCAUAUACAACAAAAACUGGCCGAUCUCGAAGAAAAAGUACAACCUGGCCAAGUGGAAUCCGACAAAGAUCGAUUACUGUUGUUCCAAGAGAAGGAACAGCUGUUACGCGAGCUGCGAAGCAUAACGCCACGCAUGCGGUCUAAAGAAGAAAUGAGCGACAUCCAAUUAGAGUGCAAACGCUUAGAAGAAGACUUGAAUAAAGCUCUGGAAAUAUCGAAUAGAGCAAUAGCGGAUAGACUGAGGCUGCACGAGGAGAAGCAACUGUUGCUACAGCAGUUGAAAGACGGUUUAAGACUGAUGACACAGUUAGAAUCGCAGUUGAAGACACUGUCGGCCAGUACUCUAUCUGUUAGCAGUAGUUCUAGUUUGGGAUCGUUAUCGACGACUAGCAGUAAAGGAUCUUUGAGCUCCGGUCUGAGUUUUACUGAUAUCUACGGUGGACCACAGUGCAUGAGUACCAACACCAUGGAGAAGCCGAUAGACAUGGCGGACUUGCAUAAGCGAGUCGAAAGGCUGUUAAAGAAUAGCGACAGUACUACGCAUAUAGCUAGUCCGAGUAGAUCGCAGCCAUCUUUAUCGCCUAGGAGUUCGCUGUCAUCAGUUUCACCACCAGUUUCACCGAUGUACGAGAAUCUACCCAGCAUAGUACCACCUCCAGCGUACGAUCAGGUGAAACGAGACAGGAAACAGAUCGACGAGCGAUUAGUGGAGCUGCGAUUAUCCACACCGUCGAUGGAGUACCAGCAAAGGAGCUCCUUCCCCAGUCUAUCGCCCUUGACCGAUCUACUAGAAGCGCAGGCAUCGAACAUGUCGCAAGGCUCCGGUUUGGGCCGACCGAGUCGGUACUCGUACGAAAGCUCCGGCGAUCCUCCGUUGUCGCCGAUUUCGGAAACAUCGCCGGCGCUAGAUAGGGACGAGAUUAUGCAGGGCGCGGCGCUGUCUAGGACUUCGUCGUCGGGUACGAACACUCGAUCGGUGUCGGCUGCGGUGAGUGACGAAUCGGUGGCUGGGGAUUCGGGUGUGUUCGAGGCGUCGAAUCGGAAAAGGGCGUCGUUGGGACAGGCGACCGAGGCGGACGUUGAGACCGCGCAAGUACAAAUUAAGCUUAAAUAUAUUACGACUGAAAGUAUGCUCAAUGUAACUAUAGAGAAGGCGAGGUGCUUGGGCGCCUUGUUGAUUCCCAAUAAUUCGGAAGUGUACGUGAAAACGGCGCUUCUGCCCGCGACAUCGUCACAUCCUUCGGUAUUUUGUACGAAAUAUGUGAAAGAUUUGAGAAAAGCUGCAUUCGCCGAUGCCUUCAAUAUUCCAGUACCUGCCAAUAAACUGUUUACUAAAACUCUCCAAGUGAACGUGUGGACCAAAAUUUUGGAUCAACAGGAUAAGUGCGUGGGUUGUGCUCAAGUGAGUCUGGCCGAUUUCAACGUCCACAACGUAUCGCAAAAAUGGUAUAACAUCCUUUCCCUUCAAGAAGAAGUGUCAGCCAACAUCACCCACCUGAAGCAAGAAUCGGAGAUUUCUAUACGCGACGACAAGCAAACGGGCAAAGAAGAAAGUUCAGACGAUUCCACGAUAAUAUCGUCGCAAACAUCGACGUUAACCAGAAACCAAGAAACUGUCUUCCCACCCGCGCUGAACCUCAACUUCGAAGAGCUGUACGAUUGCUUCAAGAACUCCCAGCAAUACGAAUCCGAAGAUUCCGAUGAAGAUUUGGAAGAGGAUGACGAAGAGUGCGAAGAGGAAGGGAUAACGGUGGAGUUUAGGCCUAACGAAAAACUCGACGUGGUACCGGAACACGCCGUGGACGAUGAACCGGAAUAUUCCGAUAAGCAGACGAAUACCGAGUGCGCUUUCCAUCCGGAACAGGCCAAGCAGAUGAGGCUGCAGGCCGCCAAACCUGGAGCUGUAGUCGAAGAUAGAGGUGCUAUCAAGAGGUCUCAAACCUUCUCGCCUAGCCCGCACGUAUCCAAAAACCAGUACAUCUGCAAAUUGAACCGCAGCGACAGCGACAGCGCGAUGCCGCUGUACAGGAGAGGCGGCAAACCGUUCGAAAGGCACGCCGUCGAAAGGCGGUCGCUCAGAUUCCGACGUCCCGGUUCAGUGAUGGCUCUGUCGACGGCGAAAUCGCAAAGCCACCAUUCCACCACGGCGCGGACGUCCAUUGACUUGGAACUCGACCUGCAGGCCCAACACACGCGCUUAGACAAACUCUCGUCCGAGUUGUCCAGGCUGAGAGAGCUGAAAGAAAGACUGGAAGCAGCCAAGGAGCAUGCAGACACAGAGCUGGCCACUUACUUGCUGGAAGACAGGCAAUUUCAAAAUCUCAUCGCUCAGGCGGAAAGCAGCAGAGCGGCGAAGAGCGUAGAGGAGAAGAAAGUGGAAAAGAUGUUAAGGAAGGUGUCGAAGGAAAUUUACAAGCUGAGGAAAUCGAAGGCUGGUAAUGGGAAACCGGAUAUCAUUUCUUUUCAAGAGAAAAUGGCCUUCUUCACUAGAUCAGACAGCAACGUACCUUUCCUUCCUACACAAGAUGAGUGCCAUUCGACCAGCAACACUUUGAAGCGUUCAUCGACUGAAGACAAACCCGCCGCCGUAGAAAAGUGUUGUUUAUCUAGAUGUGAGGAUAUCAAACAAAUCAAGCAAAAUGGUUUGGACGACGAUAGCAUCGUCAAUGGCGACGAGGACGCGAUCGAUACCGACCAACGGUUCGAUUACGUCGUCGAUAGAGUAUUAGGGGUCGAAGUUUAAUAUUUAUUUUAUUAAACGUUUAGAUAAUUUUUUUUAUUAAGAUCGGAUUCGUUUCUAAAUAUCUAUCGCGCAGCAGAAAUUUGCAAUUUUGAGGUUAGGUAGAUAUUUCGUAACGAAUUUCGCUGUACAUAGUCUGUAAAAUUGUAAAUUUGUCAAUAAGGUGUUCCAUAAUCUCGAGGAGUGUGCCACAUUGUAGUUUUUAAUUUUUUUUCUUUUUCUAUGCGAGAUUGGCGCUAUAUUUGAUAGGAUGAUUACUCAAUUAACUAGAUUUUUUUAUCUCAUAUUUACAUUAAAAUAAUAGGGUGUCAAUAUGGCACUAUUUUAACUUUUGACGUGACUUUUGUCUAAAUGGUAAUUUUUGACGUUUAUCAUGACAUUUAAGAUAUUUUAAAAUUGCAUUGAAAUUAGCUUUUUGAAAUGAAAAUUGAUCAUUAUAACGAUUUUUUAGGUGGGAAUGGUCACUAUCAAAUUGAUAUGUUUUUUUAUUCUAAAAUGACAUUAACGUUAGCUGUGACUUUUUUCACAUCUAAAUAAAUAUCUUAAUGUUCGAUAAAUAUGAUAGUUUUAGAGAGUAAAUUGACCAUUAUUUUAGAUGUAAAUACUAUCAAAUUUGACAUGUGGCUUUUUUAUUUUAAAUACCGUCGGCUAUAACUUUUUUGAAAUUGAAAUAGACAUUUUAAAGUUUGACAUGUCCUUUUUUGUUCUAAAAAAAGACAACGGCUGUGAUUUUUUGCAGUUUAAUUCUCUAUUAAAUCAUUUUUUUAUCUGCAAAUAUGGCAUUGAUAUUGUCGGUUGUAACUUUUUUCAAAUUGAAUUCGACAUUUUAACUUUUUUUUUUUUUAUUCUAAAAUAGCAUCAAUAUCGUUGGCUGUUUUUUGAAAUUUAAAUAUAACAUUUUAACGUUGAACAUGACGUUUUUGACAUUAGAAUUGUCAAUAGUAACUUUCGACGUGCAAUAGGUCAUUAUAAAUUUUGAUGUACGGUUUUAAAUUCUCUGUCUGACGGUUGACGAGAUGUUUUCAAAGUGUAAAUGUUCAAGUGUAAGUUAUUUUUUACUUUUUUUUAAUUUUUGACUAGACGUUUUCGAGUGUACAUUGUGACAAUAACGUAGGACGUGACGUAUUUAAAGUGAAAAUGGUCUUUUCAAUGUUUAACGAGACCUUUUUAUAAUAUAUUAGGAGUAAAGACGUUUUUUAGUUUUAAAUGUUAAUGUUCUUGUAGAGUGAAACAACUAUCGUGUUAUCAAAAUAGCGUCCAUCCUGUAUAAACGCAUCUUGUGUUCUUAACAUAAUGGUACGGUGUUUUUUCUCUCCAAAAGACGUUUGUAUUUUUGUAAUUUAUUCAAGUUAUACCAACGCACAUGUUUCUGUCCAAAAGGCUUAAUUUUCAUUUUAGCAUAUUAGCUACAAAUAAUAAUUAACCAAAUUUUCUUUUUUUCCAAAAUAACAUAAUCUUCCAACGCUGUGAUGUAGUGCCUUCAGAUUAUUUCUAUUUCUGGUAUAAAAAAAGAUCCGCUGAGGGCUGAAGUUUAUAUGUAGAACUUAAACCGUCCAUUUUUCAAUUAUUAAUUGAUUUAAAUAUUAUUUGAGAUUGACUUUUUAGCAAGUAUUAAGACAUUUUGUUACUUUUGACAUUUCAUUACUCGGCGAUUUUUUGGUGUUUAGUCACUUAAUUUUCAACUUUUUUGUAGUAAAUUUUUGAUGCUUGUUGAAUUUUAAUGUUUUUGUUAAUUGGCCAUUUAUUUAAACUUUGAAUAUCUUUGUCGUUUCGAUGAUAUUUGUUGACUUUUAGAACUAAAUUGAGUAACUAAAGUGUCUUCAAAACUUGCUUUUAUUGUCUUUUUUUUGGACAUAAAUUCUACUGCAUUCAUUAUACUAUGCAUAUUUCCAAUUAGGUGAUUUUGUCAAAUUUCAAUUUCGGCAAUAAGAAUACAGAGUGUCCCAUAAAUAUACCGACAAAAUAAAUAUGUCCGAAAACGCUAAUUUCCUAAAUACAGGGUAUUUUAUACAAAAAUGACGCCCAGUAGAUAUUUGCAAUUUUUAUAAUUAUAAUAAAAUAUUUAAAAAUAUAACUGUUCAGUUAAUAUUAAUCCCUAAAAGUUUGUCUGUAUAUUUAAGAAACACUUUACAACAUAAUGUUAUAUCAUUUCUUGGCAAAUUUGGAAAACGAGCUGGCGAAUUGGAAUAAUUUUUUUACAGUAUUUCAGUGAAAUUGAACCUUAUUUAGUUAAAAAAUGAUAAAAACAUUCUCGAAUAUUUUAAAUAAUCAUCAAAUAAUAAUAAAUUAUUUCUGAUUGGAAUUUUUAUAGUAUUUAGAAUAUUUUAUUGUUAAUCUCAAAAAAAUGACAAAUAUCCAAGUGAUAAUAAAAAUUCUCAAUUUUAUGUUCAUUAUAUCAUUUUGUCUUGUGUACAAAUGGAAAUAAUACCGUGUCGAUUCGGAAUUGCUGUACAAUUUUUUAAUUUUUAACUUUGUAUAAAUUCGCUGAAUCUUAAUAUUUUUUUUAUAUUUUUUUACUAGUGUUAUUUCAACUAUAUUAGUUGGAUAUAAUUUUAUUAUUCUCCUAAAUCUACUUCUUGAUUUUUGUUUUUUCUUGUAUUAUAUGUAAAUAGCGAAAAGUUUGUUUUAAGAAAACGUAAAUUAUAUAUAAAUACAUUCUUAUUAAAAUAUAUGGUUCUAAUAUUGAAAUAUCUAAUAAAAUUUGUUUUUAAUAAACACGAUUUUUAUUUUAAUUGAUAGUUGACAGCUAUAAAAAAAUGUAGAUUUAAGAACCGUUAUAAACUGGAGUUCUUUUUUCGUUAAAAGCUCGUAAUCCUUCUAUCCUAUCUUUCGUAGGUAUCACUUUCGAGUAACAAACUUCUUCGAAAGUCAACCCAGUACCAAGAUCAACUUCUAAUCCUUUAUUUAUGGCUUGCUUAGCCAUUCUCACAGCUACAGGACCAUUAGGUAAUAUUUUUUCGGCGAUAUUUAAGGAUUUAGAAUAGGCAGCGUCACAAUUUUCGUUUUGUUCCAUGACAUAGUUGACCAAUCCGAGUUUCUCGGCUUCUUUUCCGUUUAAAAUGGCGGCUGUGAAAAUUAGUUCCUUAGCUAUCGAAGGAUUUAUCAAUCUGGGAAGUAGCUGUGUGCCACCUGCUCCAGGGAUGAUUGCUAACUUUGUUUCAACUAGUCCUAGUUUGACGUUUUCUGCUGCUACACGAAUAUCACAAGAUAACGCUAAUUCUAAACCACCACCUAA